UGAGAGGGCAGUGUGACCUAAGAUUGCUCGUCUUCGGUUUCUCCUCCCAUCCUGUGGUUGGAUGGUAAUCAAGCUCGGUACUCGCUGUCAGCCAUGUUGUUGGUGUGACACUAAGCGCUCCAGUCACAGCAACAGGUACAACACAGAGAACAUUUUCGUUAUUUUCUGAGGUCAAACGUUCUCACUCCUGAUAGGACAUUUCCGCAAGGUUACGUUAUCUGACGAUGGAGUUUCGCUUAUACUGGGUUUAAAGACAACACGAAACAUUUUGUCUGUUUUUUUUUGUGAGUCGCAAAAAAGAUGGCUGAGAGCUAGCCAGGCGCAGUCAGGACCAGGAUGGCUCAGUUUUCCACAGCCAUGAAUGGUGGUCCUAACAUGUGGGCCAUCACUCCAGAGGAGAGGUCCAAGCAUGACAAGCAGUUUAACAGCAUCCAGCCUCUGAUGGGCUUUGUAACAGGAGAUCAAGCUCGGAAGUUCUUCCUGCAGUCUGGGCUUCCAGCACCAGUCCUGGCUGAGAUCUGGGCCCUUGCAGAUAUGAACAAGGAUGGGAAGAUGGACCAGCAGGAAUUCUCAAUAGCCAUGAAGCUGAUCAAGCUGAAACUGCAGGGUCAGCUUCUGCCCUCCACACUCCCUUCAGUAAUGAAGCAGCAGCCAGUACCAUCCCCGCUCAUGUCCUCACGCUUCGGAAUGGGAAGCAUGCCAAACCUCUCCAUCCUUCCUACCAUGCCUAUGUACACCCCCUUGGCACCCACCACGUCUAUGACCCCCAUGACCUCACUGCCUCCCUCUGGAAUCUCCACCCCCCUGGUGCCUUCAAUCAGCACGCCGUCGUUGCCUAACGGGGGCAACGCAAUCCUCCUUCCCCUCUCUAUGCCUCUGUCAUCAACCCUGCCCCAGACGGGUUCCUUUCCUCAGUCCUCGAUGGGAUUUGGAAGUACAAGAAUGCAAAAGGCACAGUCCUUGAUUGACUUGGGGUCAAGCAGCUCCAAUUCUUCCUCGACAACAUCUCUCACUGGGAACUCUCCCAAGGCUGGCUCCGGUGACUGGGCAGUGCCCCAGUUAUCCAUACUAAAAUACAGGCAGAUGUUCAAUAGUCUGGACAAAGCUAUGACUGGACACCUCUCAGGUCCACAAGCCAGAAAUGCUCUCGUCAUGUCAAAUCUCACUCAAACACAACUAGCCACAAUCUGGAACCUGGCUGAUAUUGACAGAGAUGGGAAGCUAAAAGCUGAAGAAUUUAUUUUAGCCAUGCAUCUGGUUGACAUGGCUAAAACAGGGCAGCCUCUUCCACUAUCUCUGCCUCCAGAUUUCAUACCUCCGUCAUUCAGAGGUGGGGAAUGGGGUAAUACAGUCAAUGGGACAUUACCCCCCUAUCAAGGAAUUCUGGGAAUUCCGGAAGAACCUGCAGAACCCCCACAGAAGAUAAGCCCAGUAACCUUUGAGGACAAGCGGAAGGAGAACUACCAGCGUGGGAACGCCGAGCUGGAGAAGCGGAGGCAGUUACUGCAGGAGCAGCAGCAGCGGGAGCAGGAACGACGGAUGAAGAAGGCGCAGGAGGAGAGGGAGAGGUGGGAACGGGAGCAGCAGGAGAAGGAGAGAAAGCGGCAGUUAGAACAGGAGCGCAGGAUCGAGAGGCAGCGGGAGAUCGAGAGGCAGAAGGAGGAGGAGCGCAGGAAAGAGAUGGAGCGCAGAGAGGCUGCGAAACAGGAGCUUGAACGACAACGGAAGCAGGAAUGGGAGAGAACCCGGCGCCAGGAACUGAUGAAUCAGAGAAACAAACAGCAGGAAGACAUUGUCAGAUUGAAAGCGAAAAAAAAGAGCCUGGAGAUGGAGCUAGAGGCCGUGGGUGACAAACACAAGCAGAUCUCUGGCAGGCUGCGUGAUGUUCAGAACAAGAAGGUGGUCCAGAAAAGUGAACUGGAUCUGAUCGAUCACAAGCGGGACCGUCGGAUCAUGGAAAUCAAUAACCUACAGCAGCAGCUUGAGAACUACCAGAAAAAGCUCACUCAAUUGGUCCCGGAGCAGCAGAUGCUUACUGAAAGGCUUAAAAACACAAACCUUAACAAUGUGCAGACUACACCACUCACGACUCUGAUGAAGAGUCGAUCUGAAAAGGAUGGCUCGUGUCGUAUGCUGAAAGAGCAGCUGGAUGCUUUGGAGAAAGAAACGUCGUCAAAAUUGACUGAAAUGGAAGUGUUUAAUAAGGAGCUUAAGGAGCUUCGGCAGAGUCAAAACAAACAGCAACGCGCUAUUGAGCAGCUUUACAAGAUCAAAGAGGAGAAACUGCGUGAGAUUGAGAGGCGGAAAGAACAAGAACAUUCGCAAAAAAGGAAGGCAGAGGAGGAAGCCAUAAGAAAAGCAAAACAAGAAAAAGAUAACCUGUGGAGGGAAAAGGUCAGAAGGGAGGAAGAAGAGCGUCAGAAGAGGAUGCAGGAGGAACGAUCACAGAAGAUGCAGCAGGAGGAGGAGCUGGAGGCCGAGGCCAGGCUGCGGGAGACACAGGAAGGGGCGAUGCGGGAGCAAAGAGAGGCUGAGGAAAUGCAGCGCAAAGAGGAGGAGGAGCGAAGGCAGGCACAGGCCCGAAGAGAGAAGGAGGAAGAACAGAGGAGACAGGCCCAGGUGAGGAGAGAGGCUGAGGAAGAGAAGAGGCGACAAGAGCAGCUAAGGAAAGAGGCAGGGGAGAGGCAGCAUAAGAAACAAGAAGACGAGGUAGCGAAGGAGGCUAUGGAGCAGAGGAGGCAACAGCAGCAGAAUUCAGAGAAUUUCACCAACAUCAAGAUCGACCUGCAAGAAAAAAUCUCUUCCAUGGUGAAGGGGUUUGACGAGAAAGACUCUAAAACAAGAGGAAUCAGAACUACUCUUUCAGGACACAGGACAUCGGCAGUGUUGGUCACUUACAGGGCACUUUACCCCUUUGAAGCUAGGAAUCUCGAUGAACUCGCUUUCAGUGCUUCUGAUCUGAUUGAGGUUGAUGAGACCACUAUUGGAGGAGAGCCUGGCUGGCUUUAUGGAAGUUUUCAAGGACACACAGGCUGGUUCCCUGCAAACUAUGUGGAAAAAGUAGCUGAAAAGAAAGUACCAUCAGCUUCAAAAACAGCCUUACUUCCACCCACUGUGUCCAAGUCCUCUACCUCACACUCUUCUGGGCCGCUGUCUCCAAGUAAAACAAAGAACGAGACGGGUUUCCAGCAAAACCAAUCCCUGGCAAGCAUGAGUGGCAGCAUGGCUUGGCAAAAAUCUGCUUUCACUCCUACUGUACCCCCUGGAUCAGUAUCACCUGAGCACAGCCAGGGCCAGGUUGUUGAUAAUCUUCAGGCACAGGCACUGUGCUCCUGGACUGCAAAAAAGGAUAACCACUUGAACUUCUCAAGAGAUGACAUCAUCACCGUGCUGGAGCAGCAGGACAAUUGGUGGCUCGGGGAACUCCGAGGUGUCAAAGGCUGGUUCCCUAAAUCUUACGUCAAAGUGAUGUCUGGAAGCAAGGUGCAGAAUGAUCCAAUUUAUGCAACAGUCAGCGUGGACACCAGCACACCAGCCCAAGAUGUAGCUGAAGAAUAUGUGGCAAUUUACACCUAUGAGAGUCCAGAGCCUGGGGAUUUGACAUUCCAUGAAGGUGAUACCAUCCUGGUCACACAGAGAGAAGGAGAGUGGUGGUCAGGAUGUAUUGACAACAGGACAGGGAUCUUCCCUUCCAACUACGUAAAACCAAAGGAGACAGAUGCUUCAAGUAAUGUUGUUCGAAGUGGAACAUUAAUCAAAAAACCAGAGAUUGUCCAGGUGACCACAGCAUACACAGCAACAGGCUCUGAGCAGCUCAGCCUGUCCCCUGGACAGCUCAUUCUCAUCCUCAACAAAAACCCCACUGGCUGGUGGCAAGGAGAGCUACAGGCAAGAGGGAAAAAACGUCAAAAGGGAUGGUUUCCUGGUAGCCAUGUUAAACAUUUGGGUGCAGGCAGUGACAAAACUACUCCAGCCCCCACGCCAGUGUGCCAGGUAAUAGCCAAGUAUGACUAUGCAGCCAUGAAUGAAGAUGAACUGAGUUUCUCCAGGGGGCAGCUCAUCAGUGUUCUGAACAAGGAUGAUCCGGAUUGGUGGAAAGGAGAGCUCAAUGGAGCGGCAGGUCUCUUUCCUUCAAAUUAUGUCCAGAUGACCACAGAGUCUGAUCCAAGUCAGCAAUGACCGUAAUGUUGCCUCCUUCUCAACGUAUGAAAGUCCCUCAAAGAGACCCACUAUCCCAGAUUAACUGCAGGGUGGACGCUGGGUAGAGAGCCAUGAUCAAUGCUUCAACGACAAUAAUAGUCUUGCAAGAUAUAUAUCAAAUGUCAUUAUUUAAUACUGGAUUUUAACAAUUGUUAUGUUUUAUAGGAGGUCUGGAAACUUUAAAUAGGAAGUGGGAUCACAUUUAAUUGCAGUAUUAAAAUAAAUCACAUUUUUUGUUUUAAAGUUGUAUUAGCAUUGUGGUAGAUGUGAAAAACAAGGUAAGAUCCAGUAUAAGAUACUGUCAAGUAAACAGGCACUUUUAAAACAGUAGUUUCUACUGUUAAGGAGGCUGUUAAGGAGGGUGUUACUGUUAUGGAGGCUGUGUGGUCCAGUGGUUAAAGAAAAGGGUUUGUAACCGUGAGGUCCCCGGUUCAAAUCCCACCUUAGCCACUGACUCAUUGUGUGACCCUGAGCAAGUCACUUAACCUCCUUGUGCUCCGUCUUUCGGGUGAGACGUAAUUGUAAGUGACUCUGCAGCUGAUGCAUAGUUCACACACCCUAGUCUCCUUGGAUAAAGAUGUCUGCUAAAUAAACACAUAAUAAUAAUAAUGGUUUCUUGUAGUUUUAGCUCAGAAUUUGUGAUUGAAGUUAUAGAGAGAUACAAAUGGGCUCUGGUUUUAAAAACAAAUUGAAGAGGGUGGUCCAAAUUAAUCCUUUGUUUAGCAUUGCAGCUGAUUGUGCUGCAGGCUCAUUUUCUUGCACUCAUGUAAACAUGGUAAAUGUUAAUCUGCUUAGAGGGAAGGAAGGAUAGUGGGUCUUUCUGUGGCUUUCACUCCUGUCAGCUGUGCUUUUCUUUGUCCCUCCUCCCUAUUCUUUCCAACACUGGGUGACUUGUGGUUUUUGUAAAGUUAAUUCGAUUUGCUUUUCCAUUGUGGUGGUGGUGGUGCGAGACUGGUCACACAAAAACCCACUAUCUUAACAUGUUUUUCUUCUUUCUUUUAAUUGCUGGUUGUAUAAUUAUGUAAGUUGAGGUUGAAUAUAAUCAGUUAUAAGGCGUAAUGCCUUUUUUAUAUCAUUUAAACAUUUAGGAGGUUAUUCCAUUUUGCUUUUUCUAAAAAAUUAAACAAUCUGUUUUUCUCAUGGAAUGUUAGUCAUAGGAAUCUGAUAACAUUUGGUGUUGAAAAUGGAUGCUUUACAAUUUAGCAAAAAAGGCUUUUGUAUUGUAUUACCAAAAAUUGAUUUGGCAAAUAAAAAAAGAAAACUGUAGCUAUAUAUAUAUACAUAUAUAUAUAUAUAUAUAUAUAUAUACAUAGAUAUAUAUAUAUAUAUAUAUAUAUAUAUAUAUAUAUAUAUAUAUAUAUAUAAUAUAUAUAUAAAAUAAUGCUACACUUUAUUGCAAUAGUACCAUUCUGUUUACAAUUUAUGCAAACAGCAUGCUGAAUGUAAAUGUAAUAAUUGUAUAUGAAUUUAUUUAUAUACAAUACAAACCUAUAAGGUCUUCUGUGCUUGAUCAGUAUUGUCCAAAUCAAGCUAGUCUGAGACACGAGAUCUGGGUUACAGUCCAAGAUUCAUACCCUGUGGCCUUGUGGUCUAAAACUGUGGUUCCUCAUCCUGUCCCUAACGGACCAUUAAAUGAACAGUCAUAGUUGUAUUUUGAACUGAUGAAGUAGAUUUUAAUCGUUGCUGUGUUUUAAAUGCUUAAACUAAGGUUUUUAAAACAUUAUUACAAAACAGAAUUCUGCUGUUGAUUGAUUUGUUUCCCAGACUUUUGUUUUGACUUUGACAGUCCAGUUAUCCUGCCAUAAAGCUACAUGGUUUGAUGGAGGUAUUCUCCCAUUUACUUCCUGUGUUAAAUGGAUGUUCCACCCCCUCUGACUCCAUAUGAAGUUUCCUAUGUGCAGCAUAGAACCCAAGUGUGGGGUUAUAUUAUCUGUAACGCAAAAAAGUUAACUUAGCAUUGUGGCAGUAAAACGAACUUCAUCUUUUUCAAAUAUAGUUAAAUAAGGAGGGAUUUGUGAUGGUGGUGUUUGCAAUGAGAAAUCAAAAUAUGUUUUUUAAACCUGGUUUAUUGCAUCCUGAAACACAAAUCUCAACUGCCUUGGGUCUACAAAAACUGGAGUAGGGAACCACUGGUCUAAUAAUUAAACUGGCAACAUGUUACAUUGGUAUCCUGGGAAACCAGUUUCAUAAUAAUAAUUAAAUAAUAAUACAAAAAAUAGUUUACAUAAUUGACGAGUAUAGUGUUGCAUCCAUUUAUAUAACCAAUAUGAAAAAGUCAAAUUGGUGCUUUUAGUUAGAAAUGAACAUGGAAAAUGUAAAGUGUUAUGCAUAAUUAACUUGCUUUGGCAAUGUGUUGGCUGCUAUGGGUAUUUCUAAACAACAUUUAACCAAAAUGUGUGUGGGUGUGUGUGUGCGGUGUUUAAAAUGAUUUAUAUAAAGACACACUGUGGCUGAAGUGUAGUAAUGCAAACUGUGUAUUGUUGGCAUGAUGCAUUUUCAGCUAUUAACAGUUGCAUUCAUAUUAUAAAAGCACAUACUAUGCAAUUUUUUAAAAGAUGGCAAAGAGUGUGUUGUUUUUUGAAACCAGAAUACUUAUGGGUUUUUGGUUUGCAAGAUAGUGUUUCAGCUUUAUACAUAUAAUAAAGUGCUGUUUAUGGAGUUGUGGUGCUUUUCUAAAAAAUUACUUUGUUCAAAUAAAAAUCUGCAAAGUUUGAA